AUGGAUUCAACAGCCAGACAAGCUGAGUUUACCAUGAAGGGUUCUCCUUCUCAACCUCUCCCCUCACCUGAAGUAUGGCUUGGUCAGGAAGGGACUGUGUCAGACCUUGAGAUCAUCUCGCAGCAGGUGGAGGAGGAGAGCCAGUGCAUCGCCCCUGUGCAACUUGUCAGCUUCGGCUAUCGCGACCUGCCCCUGGCUGCACUUGACCUCUCGUUGGCCGGGUCACAGCUACUUUCCAACAUGGAUGACGACGAUCAAAGAGAGAGCUCGAACUGGCUGAAGCCUUGCUGUGGGAGACGGACAGCUGUCUGGCAAGUGGUCCUACUCAGCGCUGGACUCAACUGCUUCCUGGUAGCGUCCGUGGUCCUGGUUGUCCUCCUGCUAACGCUGGAGCUCCUCAUCGACACCAAGUUACUUCAGUUUACCAGCGCAUUCCAGUUUGCGGGGAUCAUUCACUGGAUAAGUCUUGUCAUCCUCUCUGUUUUCUUCACUGAGACUGUCUUCAGGAUUGUGGUACUUGGCAUUUGGGACUAUAUUGAGAACAAACUGGAGGUGUUUGAUGGUGCAGUCAUCGUCCUGUCAUUGGCUCCCAUGGUGGCCUCGACUGUAGCAAAUGGACCCAGCAGCCCAUGGGAUGCCAUCAGCCUAAUCAUCACCCUUCGCAUUUGGAAGGUCAAACGCAUCAUUGACGCUUACGUCCUGCCAGUUAAGGUGGAGAUGGAGAUGGUCGUCCAACAGUACGAGAAGGCCAAACAGGUCAGAGAGGAACAACUUGAACGACUCACACAAAUUUGUCAGGAACAAGCUUUUGAAAUCAGACAGCUAAGAGCCCACCUAGCACAGCAGGACCUGGAUCUCGCUGCUGAAAGGGAGGCUGCUAUGGAAAUGCACCAUGUCUGGAACAAGCAGAGCAGCAAGUUUCAAGUCGUCGAUGGCUCAACCACUGGAGUGUCUGAUGAUGAGAGUCCUGAUGGCAUCAUUGAUCCACGCCAAACACAAAAAGCUGUCACCAGAGAUGAUAUGAACAAUUACAUCAGCCAGUAUUACAGUGAACCCAACAGCGAUAUGGGAAUUCCAGAAGGUACCUCCCAUGUUAUCACAACUGCUGCCAUCGAUGUCCAUCUCCCCAGCUCCCUUCACAAUGCCUCGUCUGACCUCUUGACAGUGGAGACGCCUGCAAAGCUCGAGAGGGCGAGCAGUUCCGUGAGCGAUAAUUCAGGCAGUGCCUCCAGAUCUAUAGACAGCACCACCACACAAGCCCAAAGCAUCAGCAGCCAAACCCUGGGCUCCUCCACGGACUGCAGCACAACCAGGGAAGCAUCGUCCGAAAGCUACCUGUUGGAAAGGCCUGAGAAGGAGGUGGGAGUGCACCAGGACAAAAGGGUGGUGGUGCAAGAACUCCUGUCCACCUUAUCAGAGGAUACGUGCCUGACUCAGAAGGGUCUGGACCCAGUAAACCUCAAGCUACCAAGUCCACCUGGGUCCACUAACGCCAGCCCAGAGCUGGGACAUAGGGUUAACAUUUAUAACAAAAAGAACCAGGACCAUCUCUGUGUGCACCCAACAACGCCAGUCAUCCAGAUACAAGGCAACGACAUCUCACUCGAGGAAAAGUACAGAUUCCUGGAACCUACAGAAUCUACAGUGAACAGACUGCCAGAGUCUUAG